ACAAGUGAGAGAGAGGAGAAAGAGAGAGCAGAGUAACUCAACAGACUGUAAGGGGAGCAAGUUUGGCUGCUGUCUGUUUCUUUCUCUUAAUCCUUAAAUCUUCUAUAAUCAGGAUGAGAGGGAGAGAGCAUGUUGCCUGACUUAGGACAGCAGAGUCUAUGUUGGGACCUGAACAGAUUGCCUGCUGAUGAGGCAAUCUAACUGGCCAGUAGGAGAGAUGGAGGGAGGGGGAAGGCAUUCAGCUGGAGUCAGUUUGGGAAACUUAAACUUAACCAGUUUCUACCAAGAGCCAACAGGAAGAGAGGAAGCCCAAUAUGUGAGGAUGGUUUAACCACCAAGAGCAAGUUCAAAAAGAGAGGGAAAAAAGAGAAGAGGACCAAACCAUGGCUGGAUUGUUUUAGGGCAGGUGUAUAGCCGUCCAUAACAACAACAAGAUGUGGGUGGUGUGCAGCAGCCUUGACACCCAGGUGUGAUCCCAGGCAGAAGGGGGUCCAAUGGCCACUGCAAUUUAUGACCCCCACCUGGGCGCAGGCCCAUCCGAGGACUCGGAGAUCCUCCUGGAUGAUUCUGACUCAGGGAGUGUGCUUUCUGAAGACUCAGUGCUUCCCGACUAUGAAGGGGAUGAACAGCAUACAGAACCAGCUAAAACGUUGUAUGAGGCCUGCGCUAGGAAUGACGUCACAUCCCUGCGCAGGAUCCUGGAGAGAGGAGUCACUAAAGACGAGGCAAUGGAGCUGGACAUCAAUGGCAGGGAUGGACUGAUGCUGGCUGUGGGCAAGGGAUUUGUAGACAUCGUCACCCUGCUGCACACAUGUCCAUUAAUAGACAUCAACCACCAAGACAAUGAUGGUAAUACUGCCCUCAUGAUUGCUGCCCAGGCAGGCUUCAUCACCAUUUUAAACUAUAUCCUUAACUACUACUCUGGUGUGGACACUGAGGUCAGGGAUCCCCGUGGCUUCACAGCCCUCAUCAAGGCAGGCCUGCAGGGCCGAGAGGAGUGUGUGUCCGCCCUGCUAAUGCAUGGUGCAGAUAUGAAUGCAAUGGACCUGGUCCAAGGGAGAGGUCUAAAGGAUUGGGUCCUUAGGACAGGAAGGUUUGAAACUCUUAACAGACUCCGCCGCCUGCAGGCUCAUCCUGUCGCUGAGCAGUUCUGUGAAAGCUACAUUCCUGAGUGGCCUGAGCUGAAGCACCUGGUAGCAAAGGCCACCAGCACCAAAACAGCAAGUCAGAAGCUGAGGCAGCGCUUAAAAGACAGCCUUUCUUUCAGCUUCCCUCAGGACCCCCAAGAAAAUGGGGUCAUGGAUCAUAUGGUGCGGAUGACCACAAGCAUCCACAGCCCCCUGAUAGCCACUGGUUGCCGUCCACUCUGCCCCUCCAGCCCCCCAGAGAUUGGCAAGCGACGGUUUGCCAUCCCUGAACUGCUUGAAAAGCACAGCAGCAAGGAGUUGGAGAACAGCACAGUGUCCCACAGUAAAGGCUCCAUCACCUCACCUUCUCCCACUGCUGUAUCAGCCACCUCUGUAUCUCUGACCUCCUGCUGCCAGGACUUAGAGUGCAGGGAAAGCAUGCCGUCAGGCGGCAUAAGAAGCUUCAUUCCCCGCAGCAUGGCACAAAGGAACAGCAUCUUCCCCUCAGGCUGUAUUCCUAAGAUUGAAGUGACAAAAUCUGGGGAGCCCACUCCAAAGAAAGAGAAAAAGAAGAAAAGACAGAAGGGCUACCUGGAGCCUCCUAUCUGGAAGUACAAGGAGGCAAAGGAGGAGAAAAAGAGAGAGAAGAAGCAGCAGGAAAAGGAAAAAGAGCAAGAGAAAAAAUCUAAGGGGUCCAAACGUUCAUCAAGCCAAAAAUGAGGCAUUAUUAUUAUCUUUUCCUCAGGGAAUUUCACUCUGAUAAUGUCAUGCAUGAGCAAUGAGCAUGUGAUUACAGUGACUCAGAGGCCAAUUUUAACAGAAGAAGGAAUUGCGACACAAGUUUGGAAGUAAGCAAUCGACAAUUAAAACCCACUGAUGGAUUUGAACUUUGGCUUGGGAUGAAAAAGAGAAAACUGGAGUGACUCUAAUUUGCUAGAUGUAAUUUCAUUUUCAGCAUCUUUGCAAAGCUGAAAAUUAUGUUAACCAAAUGUUAUUUGGUUUUGGAGAUAUAUAUGGUGACAUGUCUUAGCAUGGUUUCUUAUUGCAGCUCCUACCUGGUGGAUUGGUAGAUUAAGUCUUGUGGAGAUGCAAAAUUACACUGAUCGCGGACACCUACAAUGACAUUAUUUCAUUUCGAAAACACUACAUUUGUGAGGAUUUUACCAAUCUGUGUAUUGUGAACGAUUUCCAAGUAGGGUGCCAUCAUGGUAUUCAACUGCAAGAUAACCAAAGCAAUAGCAAAUACUGUGUAUUUAUGUGAGCAAUGGCCAGCAAAUUAAUUUACGUUAUAGUUAAUCAAAAAGAGAUAGUGGCUGCUUUUUACAAGGCCAAGCACUCAUGUUGCAUCAGCACCCAAAAUUCUUAAACUUUUGUUCUUUUUCCACUCUGCAAUGGGAGUAAUGGCACUCCAUCGAACCUAUUGUUUGAUACAGAAAUUGGCACACCAAUGGAGGCACAAGAGGGAUUAUGUCAAUGUGAACAAUGCCUCUUGCACCACCAUCAGUCGAAGGUAAACUCACUUCAGGAAAUCAAUGAUACAUUUGAUUUGCUUUGCUGAUCAUCAUCUAAAUUGGUACAAAAGUCACUAAUGAGGCUAUAGUGCUUUUAUCAGUCCAGAGAUGAGAUAUCUUUUUAGCUCAUAAGUGUUUAACCAUUUCACCUAUACACAAACCCUUUUGACCCGAGAAUAUAAGCUGGUCCAUUUCAGGCCAUACUUUGAACACAUUUGAUUUUUGUAAAAAGCCUAUUUUUUUACUUCUAUAAUGUCGCUCUAACCUUCCUGCUAUGUCACAUACAGUGUCAGUAGGAUGCUUUUAGAUUUCCUUUAUUGUCAUUCAAUCUGCACACAUAAAAAAACUAAAUGCUGUUCCCCAAAGUGCCAGUUGUUAGUAAAAACAAUAUCAGUCACAAAAACAAUAACAAUAGAUACAAAAUAAAUAAAUUAGAAAGUAUGGCUAAGAAAUAUCAGGUAAAAAGAGCUCAUCAUACUGGUGUAUGUAAAGUGUAAUUAUGCAGUCCAGUAAGUUAACUUGUCAGGUGUCUGUAGUGCAUGACAGUUCUGUUAUUUGCUUUCAGGUGAAAGUGCUGUUAUGGUGGUUAGAGGGUGUGUGUUGUGGGGAUAUUAGUGGGAGGGGGCACAGUCCCUUCCCCCUCCCACUAAUAUGCCCACAACACACCGAUUUAUUAUUCAGCAGGGUUUUGCUACUUCAGACUGUUCGGCCAUGAUGCACAAAUGAAGUUGUUGGCAAAGAUUCAGAAACAGGAAGUGAAUCAUAGCUAUGUAAUACAUUGUCCAAUUAUGAUCAAAAUUCAGAAGACAAACGCUAGAAUCCCUCAAACACCUCUACCAUGGUAAAGUUAAAGUUACUUUUGAGCUUACAACUCUUACCUGAGCCUCAAAAUUUUAAUUUCUUGGUCAAGGUCCAUUUUGCAGCCUUUUAUGAAUGAAAUCAGUGACCAUUUUGCAAUUUAUCAAAUACUUAAUUAAAUUCUUCUUCUGUACAGGUUAUCCAAUCUUCAUUGUAUGCAAAAUGUAGCAUCUAUCAGAUGCCUUUAUUAUGUCUUUUUGACAGACUCUUAAUACUCAAAACUGUUUGGCUGUGGCAUGUGAAUGAUGUUAGCAGUGAAGAUACAGAAAAAAGGAACUGAGCCAUAUCUGCAACAUUUUGUCUGAAAAACUGCUCACUGGUAUACAAGUCCUCAGUCUGCCGAUACUUAAUGUACCAUGUUCGAUGGGUUUUUACUUGACCACCAGAAUUGUUGCUUGCAAAAAAUGUUAUACACCAAUAGCAGACCUCACAUCUGCAGAGUUACCUAUGCACAGCAAAGAAACUAUUUGUACAUAAUGUUACUCAGGAAAUCUUUUGUUAAUAAUAUGUUGGGCAUUACACAUUAAGCAUCUAUCAAGGCAAGAAAUCUCUUUUGGUGUCAAGUUUGCAUUGGGGCAUUUUAAAAUAUUCUUGGUACUUAUGCUAAAAUCAUCACUAAUAACUCAUACAGGUGUAACUGCAAUACAUAAUCUAAUUAUAACAAAAUAUAUUAAAAUGUGUUAUCUAAAAAAAUGUAUUUAGAUAUUGUUCUUACAAAAAAAUAGAGGAUCAUUUCUGGGGUUAUUUAUUUUAAAGUGAAAGCAAGAGACUCAGCUCAGGUCUUCUACAUCUUGAUAAAGUGUGAGACAGAUGAAAAUGUGUGUUUUUAUGCAAGCUUGGAAUAAAUGUACUGACCUUUGCAA